AUGUUAUUAGCAUUUCAAAGUUUACAAGAAAAAUCAACAGUUAAUGAAACAAAUGAAUCACAAUUACAAAUACAUAGUAAAAUUUUAUCUAGAGAAGAAGAAUCUCCACAAAAAUCGACUGUAAUAUUUAAUGGUGAAAUAAAUAAACAAGAAAAAUUCUUAAAUGAAAUUGAUAAUAAUUUAAAAAGAAGUCGCCAAAUGGAAUUAGCUCAUAAUCGUUUUAUUCAACAAUGCCUUCGAGGUGAAGCAACAUUAGCUAGACGAUAUCAACGACGUCAACAACGAUCAUCUACUUCAAGUAGUAAUAAUUCAUUUAAUAUAGAUAGAGUAUUACAAGAUGAUGAUAAUGAUUGGCUUUUUGAAAAGAUUUUAGACAAAUUUGAAAAUAUUCGUUUAAAAAAAGCUAAUCGACGUAUAAAAUCUCGAUCAAAUGUUUUUAAUAAUGAUAUUGCCUAUGGUCUUGAACGUAUUAUUGAACGACGUUAUUAUGUUAGAAAACCACAACAAAUAUCAAAACGUAAUCAAUUAACAUCAACAGAUGAUUUAAAAGAAUAUAUAAAAAAACCUCGACAAUUAUCAGGUGUAUCAUCAGUAACAGUUGAUACAGCACUAACAUCAAAUUCUCAAUAUACAUCAACAACACCAACAUAUCUUGAAGAAAUUCAUAAUCAAUCAAAUUUACUUCGAGAUGAAAUAAGUGAAUUAAAAGAUGAAAUUGAAAGACUUCAAACAUCACAACAAGAUUUUUUUGAACAACUUAAAUUACAAUUUCAAUCAAAUAAUAUAACUCCUACAAUAAAAACAAAAAAUUUAGUUCCAUCAAAAACUUCAUCACGUAAAUCAUCAUUAGAACAAAAACCAUUAUUUUCAAAUAUACCAAUACGUUCAACUAAUGGUCAACGAUCUAAUUCACCUUCACAUGAAUCUAUAGCAUCAUCAUCAUCUACAAGAGUAACAACAGCAAAUUCAGACUUAACUGUUGAACCAACUAGUGGAUCUACUCUUGUUCCACUCAAUGUAACUGUAGCACCAGUACCACCAAUAUCUGAAUUUAUUGCAACAAAAAAUCCAACAAUUCCAUCAUCAUCAUCACCAUCAUUACUAGUAAAUGGACAUAUCAAUUCAAAACUUUCAUUAACUACACCAACAUCAUCGAUAUCAGAAUUUAUAGCAACAAAAAAUUCAUCAACAUUACCAUUAAAAAUACGUGUUCAUUCAAAACCUUCAUCAAAUGCAUCAACAUCAGGAAUUUCUGAUUAUAUUGAAACAAAAAAUACAUCUGUUGUAUCACCAUCCAAUGGAUAUAUUUCUUCAAAAUUUCCAUCAGUACCAAUAACAUCACCUAUAAAUGCACAUGUUGAUUCAAAAUCUUCAUCAACUACAUCAACAUCACGUAUAUCUGAACUUGUCGAAACAAAAAAUCAAACCUAUUUAUCAACAUCAACAGUAAAUCGAUCUGUUAGUUCAAAACCUUCAUCAGUUCUACAAUCAUUAAAUACAUAUAGUGGUUCAAAACUUACAUCAAUUACAACAACAUCACCAAGAAGUGUACAAGGUGAUUCAAAACGUUCAUCAGCUACAUCAACACCACAAAUUUCUGAAUAUAUUGAAACAAAAAUUCCAAUCUUUGUAUCAUCAUCAAAAAUAAAUGAAUAUGUUAGUUCAAAACCUCCAUCAGUACCAACAACACCACCAAUAGUUACAUAUGCUAAUUCAAAAUUUUCAUCAAUUACAUCAACACCAUCACCAACAAGUACAUAUGCUAAUGUAAAAUCAUCAUCUAUUCAACCAACAUUACCAAUAAAUACAUAUUUUGAUACAAAACCUUCAUCAACAUCACCUUUAUUUGAAUUUAUUCAAACAAAUAAUCCACUUUUUGUAUCAACAUCAAAAGUAAAUGAAUAUGUUAAUUCAAGACCUUCAUCAACAUUACCAAUUAUUGAAUUUAUUUCACCUGAAAGUCCAUCAAUGGAAACAGGAUCAUCAGUAUUUGUUCCAGUAGAAUCUGUUGGUUUACAAACUCCACCAUUAAUACCAAAUUCACCAAUAUCAUUUACAUCAAUGACAUCUGAUCAAAUACCAGUAUAUGAUAAUGAAUUAGAACAACGACGUGUACUUUCACCUCGUUCUCAAAUUGUUGCAUCAUCAAUACCAAAUCAUCAUGAAACAUCAGAUUCAUCACCAGGAUGGAGUAGUCCAGAACCUAAUCAUCCAAUACAUUCUGAGGUUCCUUUAGCAGCAUUACAAGAUCAAGAUCUUCAAGCUUUAAUUCAAUAUAGUUCACAACUUGAAAUAUCUGGUUUUCCAUCAUCAAUAACUCAUGUUAUAGCUAAUCCAAAUACUAGUAGUACAUUUUGGGAAGCAGUUGAUGAAUUUCUUGACAAUUAUAAAUUAACAACUACAGAUGUACAAUUACAACCAAUAUCACAAAUAAGAAAUACAAAUAAUAGAUAUGUAUUUGAUAAUAAUAUAACAAGACAAUUAGAUAAAUAUAAUCUUGAAAUAAAACCACAAGAAAUUAUUGAAUCAAGUGCACCUCUUCUUAUGCCACCUUUAGAUAUUUCAUAA